AUGUUUUGCUGCCCAAAAUCAGUGUUUGAGAGGCAAGACGAUCUCCGGCGAAUGCGCCAAAAUUCGGCGAGUAAUUUGGAUCCGUACAGGAGACCGCCACUGCCACCUAUCCGUUCCAAGAACGUUAAUGGAGACGGCUUUGUUGGUAGCUUUUUACCUCCACGACGUUUGGAACCCGUGAAAACAACGGAAUCUCAUUUAAGCGUGUUAGCCGAAAACACAUCAAUGCUGGCAGAUAACCGAGAUCGGGCAGAUGAUAGCGACUUGUACGGAAUUAACAUCACGGGUAUUCGGGGUGUGCCUACAGUACCAGUUGAGCACGAUCGAAGGCGUCCACUACCAGCACCACAUUCCGACUUCUUCAAUCAUUUGUGA